CAGCCAAGCAGUUGUCCGUCCGUCCGCCGGAAGCGGAAGCAGUGAGUGCAGUGUCCCGAGGUAAACAGAACUAAUGGAAACAAGCCGUCAACUAUAACUGGGACUUCACCAACAUGUCCAUCGUCUUUGUGCCAAAGAAACUACGAGGAAAAGCGAAAGUCAACCAGGAGAUUAUACAGAGGCUGCUGGAUGAAAACGACCAGCUGAUCAGAUGUAUCGCAGAGUACAUGCAGAAAGGUCGAGCGGUGGAGUGUGUCCAAUACCAGCAGAUCCUGCACCGCAACAUCGUCUAUCUGGCCACCAUAGCUGAUGCCAGCCCCGACAACACGCCCUCCUCCUCCUCAAAUUCUGCAGCUGGUGAAGCUUCAGCCCCCACACCAGAGACGAAUGGAGCUGGACCCACAUGAUGCAGGCAGCUGGCGUCAGUGGAGCUGGGACAGUGUCGCCCUCGAGACAAUUUCUAUGUGACAAGGACAAUGACUCAUUAUGCUGAGCUGGUUUCAGUAAUGCGACACAUCUAGUGACCACUGGUGUUUCAGAUCAGUGUUUUGUGUUGAGAGAACACUUUAGUAUUCUCUGAAAUGUAAAUUAAAAUGUUUUCCUUUUUAAAAAAGUUGGAGUGAAGUUUUUGAAACAAUUCUGAGACCAAACCGUAUAGAUGCACGAAACACCCAGUAUUAUUUUAUAUGUUUGGAGUUUGGGCGGCUGUGGCUCUGGAGUAAGAGCGGUUUGUCCACAAAUCAGAUGGUUGUUAGUUUGAUCUCAGUUUCCCCAAUUCAAUGUGCCCUUGGGCAAGACACCGAACCCCUAAGUGCCCCUGACGGCUGUGCCAGCAGUGCGUGACUGAUGUUGGUUAAAGUGCUGCACAUAGAUGCACUGUGUGAAUGGGUGACAACGUUCUGUAAAGUGCUUUGCAUUGACAUCAGCACUAGAAGAACGCUACAUUAAUACAGACCCUUUAACCGACAUUGCUGCAACUGAGAUCAUUUUAUUGAGCAACAUUUUUUACAGAAAUAACCUCAGAGACAUCAUUUUGAAUUGCUAGUCAUUUUUAUUUAUUUUUUGCAUUGCUGGUACACUUGGAAAGAUUCAGUUGCCAGCUCAAGAGAACAAUAAGCAACAUAAGCCAAGCAGUUCCCCUUCAUAUCUUCUAUCAGGGCAACAGGAUUUUUAUUUAUUUUUUUAUUCUUUUUUUGUAGAAGCCACUAGUAAACCAUUUGACACAGCUGAGAAGCUAACAGUUACAGUCCAAGGUCUGUAAUGAUGUCUUUAAAAAAGGCUGCAAGAGUUAGGAAGAUAACACAGACAAAAAGCAACAAACCCUAUAUCUUGAUUGUGCAAAGCACAUUGACUAUAAAAAGAUAUAUAUUUAUAUGUAUAUACAGCAAACAAUUCUCUGUAAACAUGUUAAGUAUGUUAGUUUUCUGAAAACAUGGUGUCAUUUCAUAAAUACAGGCAACAUUGGCAUCCGCAAACAUCACAAAAAGAUAACAUUCUGGGCUCUUGAAAUGCAGCCUAUCGCCAUAGAAACCAAAGAAACAAGGGCUCGAAAACCCCCCCAUCACUGGUUUAGUGUUGACAAUGGCAUAUUUGGUAACCUUUAGAGAUAAGAUGGUGUAGUUCAAC